AUGGGACACACACAGGUGAAUAAAGAGGACGAUAACAAGAAGAAGACGGAUGAGGAGCUGGUGCACCUUCGGAGGGAGCUUGGGCUGCUGCCUGCUGUAUCUUUCAUCAUGGGAACAGUGGUGGGCAGUGGGAUCUUCAUUGCACCGAAGGGAGUCCUAAUGAACAGUGGCAGCGUGGGGCUGUCACUUCUAGUGUGGGGACUGUGUGGGGUCCUCUCCUUGUUUGGGGCAUUGUGCUAUGCUGAACUAGGUACCACUUUUACAAAAUCAGGAGGUCACUUCACGUAUCUAUUGGAGACAUUAGGACCCCUUCCUGCUUUCCUCCGACUCUGGGUUGAGUUCUUAUUUAUCAGACCAGCUGCGACUUCCCUUGUGUCCUUGGUCUUCGGUCGUUAUGUGGUGGAGCCAUUCUUUGCACCAUGUGCUGCUCCGACAAUGCUAAUCAAACUUGUGAGCAUCCUUGGAGUGACAUUUCUUGUGGCAGUCAACUGCUGGAGUGUGCGCAUGGCAUCUCACAUCCAGGUCUCUUUGACUUUCAUUAAGAUGUUUGCUUUAGUCCUCAUCAUCAUCCCUGGCGUCAUUGCUUUGGUCAAAGGAAAGACUGAAAACUUCCAGAAUGGUUUUGAGUUUGAGUCAUUAACAUUAGACAGGCUGCCACUCGCCAUCUAUAAUGGCCUAUAUGCCUACAGUGGAUGGUUUUAUUUGAACUUUGUCACAGAAGAGGUCAAAAAUCCAAGCAGAAACAUCCCACUGGCAAUAAUCUUGUCUAUGGUGACCGUGACAGUCUUAUAUGUGCUUGUUAAUGUGGCCUACUACACUAUGUUGGCUCCCACUGAGCUGCUGCUGUCUGAUGCUGUGGCUGUGACAUUCGCCACCUGUGCUCUUCAGGGAUUGGAUUCUGUAAUUCCAAUACUUGUGGCCUUAUCUUGCCUCGGAACACUUAAUGGUGGCAUCUUUGUGUCACCAAGGAUGCUUUUCGUUGGAGCCAGAGAGGGCUACUGGCCACAGAUCUUUUCCACAAUCCAUAUCCGCAGACACACACCUUUACCUGCUUUGCUGUUAAUGUACCCACUGAUGGUGAUCAUGUUAAUCAGUGGAGAUAUUUCCCAGCUCAUCAGCCUUACCUCCUUUUCUCGUUGGUUCUUCAUUGCCUUGGCAACCUUGGGGAUGCUCAUCCAUCGAUAUCGUUCCCCCCUCCACCCUAGACCUUUUAAGGUGCCAUUGGUCGUCGCAGUCACCUUCACAGCGGUGUCUUUCUUCAUUGUGGGUCUCUCUCUUUACUCGGACCCUUGGAACACAGGAUGUAGUUGUGUCCUUACAUUGUCUGGGGUUCCAGUUUACUACAUGACCGUCUACCACUUUUGCUUGCCCCCCACAUGGAGGCGCAUCUUCAAUUAUUGCAGCAAGCAGCUGCAGAUCCUUCUUGAAGUGGCUCAACAGGAAGUCAAGACAUGCUGA